AGAGAAAGACACCUAAAAGAUAUCCGCGUCUCAUCUCUCUCGUCUCCCAAGUCCUGUAUCGCUUCUCUCCACAGUUCCCCGUCAGAACUUUUCGCUAAAGUUUCGAUUCAUCUGAUCAGGUUGUUGGACGCUGAAAACAGAAACAUUCUAUUUGGUUUGUGCAGGGGUAAUCAUUUGCAUAAAGUCAGUCGUCGAUUUCCAUGGCGGACGAGGAUCCUAUUAACCCCAAGGAGUAUCUGGAAGAAUCAUGCAAGCCAAAGUGUGUAAAAGCUUUACUUGAGUAUAAGAAUUGUACUAAAAGGAUUGAAGGCGAUGAUACUAAGCAUUGUACAGGACAGUACUUCGAUUACUGGUCCUGUGUUGACAAAUGUGUUGCGCCAAAGCUCUUUUCAAAACUGAAAUAGUUAGGACUCUGAAGGAUAUUUUGUGAGUUUACUAUAUUUACCAACCAAAUAAAAAUAGCUUGAGAACACUAUAAUUGGUGUCACUAUGUGUACCCCAAACUAUCUGUUCUUUUUUUGGCUGUAUUUCUUUUCAAAUACAAUCUUUGAGACAAAUAAAACUGAAUGGUGGGAGUCUAAGCUAGGUAUUCUUGUAGUGCGACCUUUAUGACAUCUCUCCCCAUUUUAACGAGGUUUUGAUAUACAAAUCAUCUUAAGCUGUUUGUGUGCACUUUUUCUAAAA